UUGUAGAUUUUGUUCCAAAAUGUUGUCGAGUAUGCUCCAUUUUUCUCCAACUGUUUUCCACAAAAUAGCUGGUGUAUCUGGAGUAUUAGCUAUUGCAUUAGGUGCAUACGGAUCUCAUGCCUCGUUCCUUAAUGAAGAAGACGCCAAAAAAUACAAAGAGUCCUUCAUGACUGGUAACCUGUAUCACCAUCUUCAUAAUUUGGUGUUAUUAGCUGUUCCCUUUGCUAAAAGACCCAAUCUGGCUGGCAGUUUAAUUUGUACUGGAAUUCUUCUAUUUUCUGGCAGUUGUUAUUUAGUUGGACUAAAAAAGGACAGAUCAUAUGGAAAGUUAGCUCCGUAUGGUGCAUACUUCCUUAUGGCUGGAUGGUUAACAUUUGCAUUUUAACUACCUGAUGAAGAUGGGAUAACUUUGCAAGUGCUGGCUAAAAUAUGUGAAUGGGAAAAACCUCAUUUUAACAAUCAACUGAGUUUCUUGACUUGCUUACAGAGUUACACAGUAGCUUCUAUAGAAACUAGAGCAAUUUUUAGUCUAGUGUCUAAAGUAAAUCAAGAUUUCUUUAGUUUUUACUUCACUUUGCUCUUUGAUUGGUCCAGAAAAGUCGAACCACCCUCUCAACCAAUCAAAUGAAAAUACUAUAAUCAAUCACG